AAUAACCGCUCAGUAUCUUAUCUAUUUCUCACAUUUCUACACUCCGUCAUGGCGAUUGCGCACCUAGCCACCGAGUACGUGUUCUCAGACUUCUUGUUGAAUGACCCCACGGAGGCCAAGUAUAAAGGGGUGCGUCUGGAGCUCGCUGUGGACAAGAUAGUCACGUUUCUAGCCGUGGGGCUGCCUUUGUUCCUCAUCUCACUCGCUUUUGCUCAAGAGGUGUCCGUCGGUACCCAGAUCAGCUGUUUUGCGCCCAAUAACUUCUCUAUGAGACAGGCCACAUAUGUGGACUCAUUUUGUUGGGCAGCAGUACAGCAGCAAGCUGACGGCUCACCACUAUGGCUGCACAAGUUCUUCCCAUACAUCCUGCUCUCACUGGCCAUCCUCAUGUAUAUCCCAGCCCUGUUCUGGCGUUUCACUGCAGCUCCGCACCUCUCCUCUGACCUGAACUUCAUCAUGGAGGAGCUGGACCGCUUUUAUAAUCGUGCCAUCAGAAUGGCCAGGAAUCUAGCAUCCUUAGAUACCAAAGGUGCAUCUGCGGACACCCAGAGCAGUGCUUUGGAACUGACCGAGGGUUGCUUCAGAUACCCUUUAGUGGAGCAGUAUCUGAAGACCAAGCGCCUCUCUCACUGCCUUGUGGUCAAGUACCUAUUAUGUCGGGGCAUGACUCUGCUGAUCCUCCUGCUGGCCUGCAUCUACCUGGGCUACUACAUCCGACUGGCAUCUUUCACUGAUGAGUUUCCCUGUGACCUGCGUACAGGGGUGCUGAAGAAUAACAGCAUGGUGCCGUCGGCUGUGCAGUGUAAGCUCGUGGCAGUGGGUGUCUUCAGGCUGCUCAGUUACAUCAACUUGGGAGUAUAUGUGCUUCUUGCUCCGCUGGUGGUGUACGCUUCUCUUGGACCGGCUCGCCAGAGCUCCAGCUUCCUGCGGCCAUAUGAGCUGCUGCCGGGCUUUGGAUCUUUGAGUGUGGUCACGCCCUUCUACAACGACCUCAGUAUCUACCUGUUGUUCCUGCAGGAGAAUCUGAGCGAACUCAAAUCAUUUAAGUGUCUGCAGGUGCUUGAGUUGUUGCAAGAGGCUGGCGAUGAGGGGUUUGACACCAUGUGCCUGCUGCGAACUCUGGGUCAGGUGAAGACUGACGCGUUAGACAGUAAGAAGACAUGCUCACACAAGAUCUGCAAAGAAGACAAUAAAACCGAGGACAAUGAGCUCUUUCUGACUAGUUCCUGAAUGAUUGACCUGAAAAGGAUAAGCCCUGCUGUGAUGGAAGAGAACAAUGUGAGAAAAAACUGUACACUUAUCUGAAUUUCUGGUGGUGUAUUGACCUACAGCAGGUCAAUAAUCCAUAUAAAAAAAGAGGAGGCCUAUAUUCAUUCACACAGUCUGCAGUUUGGCCAACAGACAUUUUACCUCUCAGGUGUCUUAUUUUUAGUAAAUGUGAAUACUCCAAGUACAAGUGUCUCAGGUCUGAGGCGAUCUGCUGCUGACCUCUUUCUCAGGAUCUUAAAUGCCUUCCAAACAGAACUCAUAAUAUAAGCCACGUUCAUUGGACUGAAAUCUGUACAUUAAUUUUCCAGUCUCAAGAGCCCAUUUCCUGCCUUUUAUGUUAGAAUGAGAGACGUUUCUGAACACAGGGUUCAGAUGUAUUUGUAGUUGAUGUGGGGCAAUAAGAAGAUGUAGUGAUUGAUGAAAGUUUGUCCAUCCAAAGUGAGCAUAAAAUAAACAUGAAUGGAACCUCUGGA